AUGCCCACACAAUCAUCGCCAGCUUCUCUAGGCCGGAGACGUGAUCAACCGGUCUUGAGCUGUUCCUUCUGCAGAGGACGCAAAAAAACGCCAUGUGGCUCUUGUGUAAGGCGUGGCAACACGGAAGAGUGCAUAUACGGCUCCUCGGAGCAGGAGCGCAGAGAUGCGAACCAACAGGCCCGUCAGAGAGUCACUCGGCUGGAGAACCUCGUGACGCAGAUGAGAGAUCAAAUGAGGGAGAUGGAGCAGAAUUCCCGUCAGGUAUCGGGUAGUACUCUAUGUCCACCCGCCGAGCCCUCUCGCAUCUCUGCUGCAUCAAACCUUGUUCCCCAGGAGGAAGACCAUAUCGUAAACACUGUGGAAAAACUAAGUCUCACCGAUGAUCAUGCUGUCUAUAUUGGCAGCAGUCACUGGGUUACCAUCUUGGAGGAUGUGCGUGAUGAGCUGUUCGAUGAUCACUCGGAACACUUCACAAGUCGGGAGUCGACUGUUUUUGAUGCUAGUCCGAGCGACAAUCCUCCAGCCACCAGGAUAUCACUUCUCUCGGGCCACCCCUCCCUUUCGAAAGAACAGAUGCAUCCCAUGAUCCCACCCCGCAAGGUUGUCGACCGCCAUGUUUCUCACUUUUUUGAUACGUUUGAUUUUGCGCCUUGUAUUCUCCACCGGGGGAAAUUCCUCACAGAGUACACUACGUUUUGGGAGAACCCUUCGGCUGCGCCCAUUAUGUGGGUAGGGCUCUUAUUCAGUACAUACCGAACUCUUACCAUCCACUGCUUGAUUGCUGGGGGUUAUCUACGACCGAGUCGAUACACCAUCGAAAUCUUGACCCUGCAUUUCGCAGUCGAUCAACAGAUGAAUCUCAACACCGAUACUGAGAACUGGGUCCUCAUCGGUGUAAUCAUCCGGCUCGGGCUGCGCAUGGGCCUUCAUCGUGACCCAUCCCACUGGUCAAAUAUUCUCCCCUCGGAGGCUGAAUUCCGACGUCGGCUCUGGAUCACACUCUAUCAUAUGGACUUCUUUACGAGCACGCAAGUCGGGCUGCCACGGACCAUUAAGGACUCUCAGUGUGAUGUGCGCCCGCCUGCCAACGUGUUUGACGAUGACCUGAGCUUCGAGCAUCAUGAAGUACCCCCAGAACGCCCGUUGGCGGAUCCUACGCCUCUUUCGCACAUUAUACAACGGCAAGCCAUUAUCAAGGUAGCCGCGGAGAUAUACGACGCGACGGAAGCGGGACCACCGUCAUCCGCCAUAGUCGAGAUGCUCAGCGCCAAAUUAGAUAGUGCCAUUAACUCCAUCCUUGGGCAGUCAAAGCACCGUUCGCUCGAGACAUCCAUUGCGGAAACCCUCAAGACCAUCCUUCACCAAAUAUUCAUUGAUAUUCUCAUUAACAAAGGCCAAGAAGCCACGAGGUCCACUAGACUGUGCAUCGACACUGCCUUGGCCAUACUGGAACAUCAGCGAAGGGUUGACGAAGAAACUCAACCGGGAGGCAUUAUGUUUGGGAUCCGCUGGCAGGUGGCCUCGUCGCUUAACCAUGAGUUUCUGCAAGCGACGAUGAUGCUAUGUUUGGCACUGAGCCGGUUCCACGAGGGCCACCUCGGCUCGACUGGCUCUACUUCCCUUCAUCGCCAAGGAGAAAUCAUACAGGCAUUGACCAUGGCAAAAGACCUGUGGAAAAAAGACGCCGACCGAUCGGUUGACGCGCGCAGGGCAGCAACAGCCAUAGCGUCCGUGCUUAUACAGGAUCUCGGGUUUACCGAGCCAAUUCCGGGAGCGGCUGCACCGAACUAUCUUGGUAGUUUCCCCUCUGGGCAGAAUAUGGUUAUGGAUCCUCCUUUCUCCACAAUAGAUGCUGAAAUGAUAGCAUUCGAAAGUUUGUGGGAUGACCUUGUGACUGGGUCCAUGGAGGGAAAUUGGGCGGCGAUGCAUUGA